AAUGAACGAAUCUGUCGUAGCAAAAAAAACUACAACUCCCACUAAAACUAAACCCAGACUGUAACGAAAUGCCUGCUAUCGCCGCCCAUCGCCUUCUGUUUGCUAAGUAGCCACCAGUAAGUGAAAGUGGGUGUAAUGGAGAGUCGCGGACACUAACCUGAGCGACUAAACGCGCUUUGGCAUAAACAUUAGCCCCUUUACAAUAUUAACCAUGUUCGGCCGCUCACGGAGUUGGGUUGGAGGGCAGGGGAAAACGAAAAACAUUCACUCCUUGGACCAUUUAAAGUAUAUGUACCAGGUCCUGACCAAAAACACCACUGUGACCGACCACAACCGAAACCUAUUGGUGGAGACCAUCCGCUCCAUUACAGAGAUCCUCAUCUGGGGGGACCAGAAUGACAGCUCUGUGUUUGAUUUCUUCCUGGAGAAGAACAUGUUUGCCUUCUUCCUGAACAUCCUGCGUCAGAAAUCAGGACGUUACGUCUGUGUCCAGCUCCUCCAGACCCUCAACAUACUGUUUGAGAACAUUAGCCAUGAAACAUCUUUAUAUUACCUCUUGUCAAAUAACCAUGUGAACUCCAUCAUUGUCCACAAGUUUGACUUCUCAGAUGAAGAGAUCAUGGCUUACUAUAUCUCCUUCCUCAAGACACUGUCACUUAAACUCAACAACCACACCGUGCACUUCUUCUAUAAUGAGCACACUAAUGACUUUGCCCUGUACACCGAGGCCAUUAAGUUUUUCAACCACCCAGAAAGCAUGGUCCGCAUCGCAGUCCGCACCAUCACACUCAACGUCUACAAAGUUUCAUUGGACAACCAGCACAUGCUGCACUAUAUCCGAGAUAAGACAGCAGUCCCUUAUUUCAGCAACCUGGUGUGGUUUAUUGGCAGCCAUGUCAUCGAACUGGACAAGUGUGUGCAGACAGACGAAGAACAUAGGAACAGGGGAAAGUUAAGUGACCUGGUAGCAGAGCACCUUGACCACCUGCACUACCUGAAUGACAUCCUCAUCAUCAACUGUGAAUUUCUUAAUGACGUGUUGACAGACCACCUCCUCAAUCGUCUGUUCCUGCCCCUCUACGUGUACUCUUUGGUCAGUCCUGAGACGUCUGAGGAAAGAAAAAUCAACCCACAGGUGUCUCUUUACCUGCUGUCUCAAGUGUUUCUGAUCAUCCAUUAUCAGCCACUGGUCAACGCCCUCGCUGAUGUCAUUCUGAAUGGGGACCUGUCUGUCUUCAUCCCACAGACAGACAUACAAAGCACACAUAAGAGCAUGGCCAGUUCAGGAGGGAUGCGUCGGUUCACGAAGCCCCCAGAGUCUUUGGAGCGUUCCUUGGAGCUGUCCCGCCAUCGUGGCCGCAAGAAAACCCAGAAGAGGCCAAACUACAAGAAUUUGGGCGAGGAGGAGGAUGAUGAAAGGGCUGGGGGAGGGGGAGGAAGUGGCGGACUUGGAGGAGAGGAGAACUGGGAUGACAAUGUCAGAGGAGGAGAGAGGGAUGGAGGUCGGGAGAGGGAGAAGGGAAAAGGUACUGAGGGGAUAGGAGGAGGAGGUGGGAGUUCUAAGGGAAACAGAGCGAGUGGGGAGACAGCGGAAGAGAUUGAGAUGGUGGUCAUGGAGAAGUGUAAGGUGUCUGAGUUGACAGAGCAGAACAUCACUGAUGAAGAGAAGACAGCUGCAGCCACUCGCACACGUGCACAGAGGAGCAGACCAUUCUUAGACAUGGUGUACAGUGCCCUUGACUGCACCAAUGAUGACUAUCAUGCCCUGUUUGUCCUCUGCCUGCUUUAUGCUGUCUCACACAGCAAAGGCAUAAACCUUGAUCUUCUGGAGCGGCUGCAGCUUCCAGUCCCUGACCAGGAGAGGAGCUCUUACAGCCUGGUGCUCGUAGAGAGACUAAUCAGAGUUAUGAGCCACGCUGCGCAGCCAGAUGGUAGAGUGCGUCUUGCCACUCUGGAGUUAAGCUGCCUUUUGCUAAAGCAGUCUGUGCUGUCUGGAAACCACUGUAUAAUCAAAGAUGUUCAUCUGGCCUGCCUCGAGGGUGCAAGAGAAGAAAGUCUGCAUUUACUGCGGCGAUUCUACAAGGGAGAGGAGAUCUUCUUGGACAUGUUUGAAGAUGAAUACAGGAGCAUGAUGAGUAAACCUCUCAAUGUCGAGUAUCUAAUGAUGGAUGCCUCAGUACUGCUGCCGCCCACCGGCACGCCUUUGACUGGCAUCGAUUUUGUCAAGAGGCUGCCGUGUGGGGACGUCGAGAAGACACGCAGGGCAAUCCGCGUGUUCUUCAUGUUGCGGUCGCUGUCGCUUCAGCUUCAGGGAGAACCUGAGACACAGCUUCCUCUGACCAGACCUGAAGACCUCAUCAAAACAGACGAUGUCUUAGACCUCAAUAAUAGUGACCUAAUAGCCUGUAUGGUGGUGAGUAAAGAUUUCGGCCAGGCCCAGAGGUUCCUCGCUGUGGAUGUGUACCAGAUGAGUCUGGUCGAGCCAGAAACCAAACGCCUUGGAUGGGGUGUGGUCAAGUUUGCUGGACUGUUGCAAGACAUGCAGGUGUCUGGUGUAGAAGAUGACAGCAGAGCGUUGAACAUCGUCAUCCAUAAGCCCAGCUCCAACCCACACGCCAAGCCCCUGCCCAUCCUGCAGGCCAACUUCAUCUUUGCUGACCAUAUCCGCUGUAUCAUUGCCAAACAGAGACUGGCCAAAGGUCGCAUCCAGGCCCGACGCAUGAAGAUGCAGAGGAUCGCUGCCCUGUUGGAUCUGCCAGUGCAGCCCGGUGCAACAGAGGUUUUAGGUUUUGGUCAAACAGCCAGCGCUUCACCCACUGGCCUGCCUUUCCGAUUCUACGAGCAGUCAAGACGAGCCCCGAAUGACCCCACAGCAAAUAGAUCGGUGUUUGCCUCCGUGGAUAAAGUACCAGGUUUUGCGGUGGCUCACUGUGUGUCGCAGCACAGUCCCUCGCCCCUGUCCUCGCCCUCGCCCCCCUCCAGUGGUAGUGGAAGCACAGGAAGAUGUGACUCUGUAACUGCAAGCACUAUAUCUGCUCAAAGCCCCACAGAUGAUGGCAUAUUUUUGGAGCACACUCCACCGUUAUCCUCAGGUGGAGGAGGGGAAGGGCGGGGUGGAGAAGUAACUCUAGUCUACUCAUCUACUCCUUCAACCCCAGUCCCAACUCACGCCCUCGCCCCAAGCCUCACGCCAGCUUCGCAGCCCACCAUCUCCCUCCUCACCGACAACAACGCGGACAACCUCAGUGUGGAGUCGCUCACGCUGCUGCCGCCUGCCGACUCGCCACAUCUGCACCCGUGCACCAGCCACCAUCCUGCGACACUCUCCCUCCAGAGACCAGAUGCCUCCAUCGCAGAGGAGGAAGAGGAAGAGGAGGAGGAGGGCGAGAGGAAAGGAGAGUCGAGAGAAGAAGAGGAGUCACUGACGGAUGAGACGGAGACAGACGUGACCGUGAAAGAGGAAGCCACGACGACAGAGUUUGUCACACCCACUGACGAGGCAGCAGAAGGUGAGGACACACAUUCAGAGGUGGAUAGAGACUCGAUCUCCGCCACACAGCUGCAGGCGAGCGAUGACUCCAUAGAGAACGCAGAAGAUACAGAGCCGCACACUGAAACGCUAGACUCACCUGAGCUGGAUUAAACGUGUUAAACAUCACACACGUUCAUGUUUAUGCACUUAAAAUCGUCUCUGACACACUCGGAGUGGGCAACAGUGAAGUGAGGUAGUGUAACUAUCCUGCUUGGCUGCGGUAUAUUUUCACGUUGCGAUGUGUUGGACUUGUGCGAUGUGGAGGCUUUUCGGAGGCGUCUUUCUCAACAUUUGUCUUUGCACAUGAAGAGAGGGAUUGGCUUUUUUAUACACAGAGAGAACGCAAGAUAACAGACACUGGUCAAACUCAAGGAAGGCUCAAAGCACAUUUGGGUUUUUGUGCACUCGAGUGUGUCCUGUCGUGUGUGUGUGUGCACGCGCGUGUGAGAUUGUUUUUAGUGCGUGUUAAAGCGCACAACCAGCAAUGUUUUGUACUCAUCCUGAUCGAUUGUCAGCUUUAUUAAGACACACACACUGGUUUUGCAUCUUAUGUUCAUGCAACAGUGCUAUAAUGCUAUAAGUAUACAGUGCACACACAGUCAGCUACACUUGGCUUUUAUUCUCUCUGCAUGUCACACCCAUUAGCAGUUACUGCCACCAAGAACUGCCGCUGGAUUUGUGUGUGUGUGUGUGUGUGUGUGUAAUGUAAAUCUAAAAUAAUGAUCUGCUUAUUUCUUAUUUUCCAAUUGGUGCCCAUCAUAGAUGAUAUAUUAAAUUAUCUGCAACACCUUUAGCGAGGAGGUGGUCAUCUUGUGUCCUGCGACUAAAUAGCUUCUUCAUGUGUGGGCAGUUGUGUCAUGAAGUGUGUAAAAGCUUCUAUUUCUGCUCCCAUCACAGAUGAGUCCCUGGUUUCCAAGAACCGAAAGGUUUUGGAAUGACUGUGGAGAUAAAAUCUUGUGCGCGAGUUCACAGAACUGAUUCAGUGACUCACUAAUCCGCAGAAUUGCCGGCAAAAUAAUUGGGUUUUAAAGAGCUGACUGGAGCAUAGGCUGCUAAGUAAGUACAGUAAGUACAGUAUUAACACAUGAGUUCUUUGAGUAGAAAUCUCUUCAGUCACUUCAUUUAUUUGUUCAUUUUAUGCAUGUUUUUAUAGUUUGAACAAAACGCGGACAUUUCAGACAUAUUUCUCUGAAAUGGGUGAAACGUUAAUUUGCUUGAUUGAGUGAAACUCGUGCGGAGUCUGUGAUGUUUAUCAACUUCAAAGACUUGCGAGAAACCACGAGAAGUAACAUCUUAACAGCACUGUUGAAUGUACCUGCUGGCUGCCUCUCAGGUGCCGCCGAACUGACCUGACUUUAUGUUUACUCUCCAUGUAUAUGUUCAAGUGUCAGCCUCCUGAACUCUUCUAAGCUCCAGUCGGUAAGUCAGUAGAAGUAGAAGUUUGUGGCCAAUUUCCCUCAAACAUUUUACAGCAUGAGGUGUGGAUGAUAGUUUUAAUCCCAACAUGAGCCCACGGCUGUGUGAUACUGAGUGAAAACCGGCUGAAUGUAAUGAGCAAAUUAUUUUUAAGAACAGCAGUGUUAGUUGAUCAACCAGUGAAAAUGCCGUCAGUGUAUUUUACCUUCAUUUCUGACUUGAUAUUUAACUUGUAGGAAAACAAAGCACACGCAGACCGGUUUUUUUCAGUCCUUCGUUUGUUUUUCUCCCCUCCGCCUUUGUUUUCCAGCCCGCUCACUCUUUUCUGUGCCGUGGUCGUACAGCUGAAGUCUUAACGAUGGGUCAUUCUACUUUCUUAACACUGUACAGUCAUCGACAAAUUUAUAAGUGAGAAAUUCAAAGCAAUACAGUUUGGGUUUUUUUUUUUUAGUCUCUCUCCUUCAUAUUUCCAUCGCGCUAUUGUAAAUAACAGAGGAAUGACAGUGGUGUUUCGCUGAUGCGCUGAAGAGAAUCGCUUGGCACCGUUUGUAGAGCUGAUUGUGAGGGGUUGUAGGAACGCGUCGACCCAUUGUUGUGCUCCGACGUGCCUGAGUUUCACCUCUGCAAACACGCCACGGCAAGCUUCAGCGAUUAAGUCUUGGAUUGUAGUGUGUGUGUGUAUGUGAUAUUUUCUUUUGUUUGUAUCUAUGCUCUGUAAAUGCUUUUGGCUUUUAAAACUGUAAUUAUUGUUAAUGAUCUAAAACAGAGGAAUAAAUAAAGAACUGCAAUAAAUUAUUCUACUUAACAACA